AUGAGAUGCAUGCAGGUAGCUCUUUUGUAUGUUCAAGAGAACUCAACAGAUAGACCUUCCAUGCUAGAAGUUGAUACAUGUCUCAAGAAUGAAGUUACACAUGUUGGUAUUCCUAACAUGCCCGCUUUUUUAAUAAAAAAACAUGAAGAUGACAAGGGAGAUACAUCUAAGUUAAGGUUGAAAUUUUCUUCAAUCAAUGAAGUUACAAUCUCUGAGAUGGUAGCAAGAUAA